AUGCCCAUACACUUCACGACCGGGUACCCGGCGCCGGUUAACCCGCCGGACGAGCCGCUGUCGCUGAUCGUGGUGACGGAGCGCGGCGUGCAGCGCGCGUGGCCGGGCCGCGCCGCCGCCGCGCGCCACUCGCUCGACGCGCUCAACGUGCGCGCCAUCGACUUCCACUACUCCAACAGGAGCAUCUGCUACGUGCACCACAACCUGAGCCGCUCGGCGCUGGUGUGCGCGCGCGCCGACGACCUGACCGCGCGCGUCACGCUGCCCUCGCCCACGCUCUUCCCCAACCUCGACGCCGUGAGCCACCUGCGCAUCGACUGGGUGGGCAACAACUGGUACUUCGUGGACGAGCAGCGCGGCGCGCUGUACGUGUGCGCGGCGGCGCUGGACAGCUGCCGGCUGCUGCUGGACGCCGGCCUGGCCAAGCUGCACGGCCUGGCGCUCGACCCGGCGCGCGGGCGCAUGUACUGGUGCGUGUGGGGGAGCUCCGAGCCGGCGGUGGAGACGGCGCGCAUGUGGGGCGGCGCGCGCGCGGCGCUGGUGCGCCACAAGCUGGUGUACCCGGGCGCGCUGGCGCUGGACGCGGCCGCGCGCCGCCUGCACUGGGCCGACGCCUACCUCGACACGCUCGAGGACGCGCGCGCCGACCCCGCCCUCCCCGCCGACCGCGCCGACCCCGCCGACCGCGCCGACCGCGCCGACGCCGCCGACCCCGCCGCGCUCGCAAGACGCACGCGCGCUAGAGGCCUGCAGUUGCAAAUAUGA